UUUUUAAACCAGUUGCAGGUCUUCGUUGAGAGGAGAGAUAGUUUUCCUUCAGUCUUUAAUAAGUAAUAAUUCAAAUUUAAAGAAGAUAAUAUGUUAAAGAAAAAACGUAUAAAGAUUGAGUUUAUUUCCUGUUUAUUUUUAAGAGUAGUUUAUUUUCUGUUUGCAACAGGAGUAAAAAAUGCCAUUGUCAUUAAAUAAUAAAAGUCAAAACAAUAUUCAGCAGCCACCUUUUAAUUACCAACAGGUGAUGUAAAUGCAGGCUAUUGAGAUUUUGUUCAAAAGUCUUUUGUAAACCACUUGUAUUAUUGUGGCUGAACUUAGUUGCCAGUCUUGUUAAUGUGAAAUUUACCCGGGUUAUUGUGAUUGAAAUUACUUCAUGUAAACUGAAAUAGAGCAUAAAAUAGAAAAAUAUUAAAUUAUUUUAAUAGCAUAUAAAAAUACCUUCAUGUAAUAAUUAUACAGGAUUUUUGAAUAAUUUAUAUUUGAAGAACUAACCUUUCAAAAUUUAAUAAGUAUUUAUUACUGUAGAAAGAAUUGUUGAAGUCACAUUUUACAAGGUGAACUACUUAGUUCUUUUUAUAAGAACUAGCAACUACUAGGAAUUUAGGUAUAAAUUUUCAUUUGCUUUAUGAUAAUGAAGAAAAUUUGUGUCAUUUUGAUGAUUGGUUAAGACAUUGAUUUGAUUUUGUAGUAGAAAUAAAGAAAACUACAUAGAAAUAUCGAAAAUCCUGGUAGCAUCAUGUUAUAAGAGAGGUAGAACACAAUUGUAUAAAAAGGAAAUAUUAGAUUUAUAGCCUAGAUAAAAGUAUAAAACUUGCACUUUUUAAAGAAAAUAAUUCAAAACAAACCAAUAGACAGAUAUUUGGUUCAUUAAGACAUAUUGUACUUAACCAUACAUACAUUAUUUUACAUGUGUUUUCUGAAGCAUAAGAUAAUUUAAUAAAUGGUAUAAUUUUAAAUUUAAGUGUUUUUUGAACCAUCAGGAGCAAUUUUAGAUAUACUCACCUUUUCAAAUAUGGUAAACUGUUUGGUAAUUUGCAUUGUGCUGUGUUUCAUUUUGUAUUUCUUAUUAGCCAUAUUUUCUCUAGUUGAAAUUUGUAUAAAGUCUCUUGUGUCCACUUUGCUAUUUAUAAUUUGAUUUUCAUCUUUUUCCCUCAUAGGGGUACAUUAGUUUUUUAAAAUGCUUUCAUUCAUUUAAGAACUGGUUGUACCCAUAGUUUUGCAGAAUAUUUAAAACUUUAAAAAUUAGUGAUUGGAAUCUUUUCUUUAUCUGUUUUGAUCCCCACCACAAAUUAUCAAUUGAAUUUUCUUUUAAAAAAAUUAUUUUUGAUUGACAAAUGGUUGUACUUACAUAUAAUGAGUGCCAAAUGAUGUUUUGAUGUACUUGUAUGUAUACAUUCUACAAUUGUCAGUUGUAUAAUUUGCAUUGAAAAUUUGAAAAUUUUUCAUUUCUUUGUUGUGAGAACAUUCAAAAUCCUCUCUUCCUGCUGUAUACUGCAUUAUAGUUGGCCAUUGGCACCCUAUUGUUCUGAGUCAUAAAACUCGAGAAAUUAUUAACUCUGUCCUUUACUAUUGACAUUUAUGAAAUUUACUCUUUGGAGACUUGAAUGUGACUGUUGGGUAAAUGUGUGACUCUGUAAUAUAAAAUUUCUGUUCUAAAUUUACUUAGCACUUAUAGGCAAAUUGAUGUCAUCUAAUACUUUCAAUGAAAUAUAAAUAACAGUACUAUAGCAAAGACUAAAAGCAUUAGGUUUAAAGGUAAAAAAUAGAACCUCUAAAAUGACAGUUUAAUAACAUAUUAAAUUUUUUUCAGAAUGAAAUUCCUAAUAUACAGAACUUUGAGCUAAUCUACUUGAUGUCAGUGUGGCUUUAAAAAAAAUGCUGUCCUGAGAGAAAUUGUAUUUUUAGAGCAAGGAAUCUGUAGGUAUGGUGCCCAGUGUACUUCAGCACAUUCCCAGGAAGAACUAGCAGAAUGGCAGAAGAGAUACGCGUCACGAUUGAUAAAACUGAAACAGCAAAAUGAGAAUAAACAACUCUCAGGCAGUUACGUGGAAACCUUAAUAGAAAAGUGGAUGAAUUCGUUAUCUCCUGAGAAAGUGCUUAGUGAGUGUAUUGAAGGGGUGAAGGUUGAACAUGAUCCUGACCUGUCCGUUACGGUCAGCACCAAAAAAUCCCACCAGACAUGGACCUUUGCACUCACUUGUAAGCCUGCAAGAAUGCUGUAUCGUGUAGCAUUGCUUUAUGAUGCUCAUCGUCCUCAUUUUAGUAUCAUUGCAAUAUCUGCCGGAGAUAGUACUACCCAGGUAUCACAAGAAGUCCCAGAAAACUGUCAAGAAUGGAUAGGAGGAAAGAUGGCCCAAAAUGGAUUAGAUCAUUACGUGUAUAAAGUCGGGAUAGCAUUUAACACAGAAAUAUUUGGAACUUUUCGCCAAACCAUAGUUUUCGACUUUGGAUUGGAACCAGUACUCAUGCAAAGAGUAAUGAUUGAUGCAGCUUCUACAGAAGAUCUUGAAUAUCUGAUGCAUGCAAAGCAGCAGCUGGUGACCACAGCCAAGCGCUGGGACUCUUCUUCUAAGACUAUCAUAGAUUUUGAACCUAAUGAGACUACUGAUUUGGAGAAGAGCCUUCUUGUCAGAUACCAGAUUCCACUGUCUGCUGACCAGCUGUUUACCCAGUCCGUUUUAGACAAAUCCUUGACCAAGAUCAACUAUCAGUCGCGGUUGCAUGACCUCCUGUAUAUUGAGGAGAUAGCCCAGUACAAGGAAGUCAGCAAGUUCAACCUUAAAGUGCAGUUGCAGAUUCUAGCAAGCUUCAUGCUCACUGGAGUUUCUGGAGGGGCAAAGUAUGCUCAGGAUGGACAGCUUUUCGGUCGUUUUAAGCUUACUGAAACACUUUCUGAAGAUACUUUGGCUGGACGACUGGUGAUGACCAAAGUCAAUGCCGUUUACUUAUUGCCAGUCCCUAAUGAGAAGUUAGUACAGACGCAGGGAACCAAAGAGAAGGUUUUUGAAGCUACCAUUGAAGAAAAAACAAAGGAAUAUAUAUUUUUAAGGAUAUCCAGGGAAUGCUGUGAAGAACUUCAUCUCCGGCCUGAUUGUGACACACAGGUGGAACUUCAGUUUCAGUUAAAUCGAUUGCCUCUCUGUGAAAUGCAUUAUGCACUAGACAGGAUCAAGGACAAUGGGGUUUUGUUUCCAGACAUCAGUAUGACUCCUACGAUACCGUGGAGUCCCAACAGACAGUGGGAUGAACAGUUGGAUCCUCGACUAAAUGCAAAACAGAAAGAGGCUGUUCUGGCCAUUACCACUCCACUUUCAAUACAGCUGCCACCUGUUCUAAUCAUCGGACCCUACGGGACAGGCAAAACCUUCACUCUCGCUCAGGCCGUCAAGCACAUACUGCAGCAGCAGGAGACUAGCAGGAUUCUCAUUUGCACCCAUUCUAAUAGUGCUGCUGAUCUCUACAUAAAGGAUUAUUUACAUCCAUAUGUAGAAGCAGGCAAUCCCCAGGCAAGACCUCUCAGGGUAUAUUUCAGAAAUCGCUGGGUGAAGACUGUCCACCCAGUUGUGCAUCAGUACUGUUUGAUCUCAAGCGCACAUUCCACCUUUCAGAUGCCACAGAAGGAAGAUAUUCUUAAACACCGAGUGGUGGUUGUUACAUUGAAUACUUCCCAGUACCUCUGUCAAUUGGACCUUGAACCUGGGUUUUUUACGCAUAUUCUAUUAGAUGAAGCUGCCCAGGCCAUGGAGUGUGAAACCAUUAUGCCUCUAGCAUUAGCAACUAAAAACACUCGGAUUGUCUUGGCUGGUGAUCACAUGCAGCUCAGUCCUUUUGUUUACAGCGAGUUUGCCAGGGAGAGAAACCUUCAUGUUUCGUUACUUGAUCGACUCUAUGAGCAUUACCCUGCUGAGUUUCCAUGUAGGAUCCUCCUGUGUGAGAACUACCGCUCCCAUGAAGCUAUCAUCAAUUACACUUCUGAGCUUUUCUAUGAGGGUAAACUGAUGGCCAGUGGGAAGCAGCCAGCACAUAAGGAUUUCUACCCAUUGACUUUCUUUACAGCACGAGGGGAGGACGUACAAGAGAAAAAUAGCACAGCUUUUUACAAUAAUGCAGAGGUAUUUGAGGUGGUGGAACGUGUGGAAGAGUUAAGAAGGAAGUGGCCAGUGGCGUGGGGGAAGCUGGAUGAUGGCAGCAUUGGUGUGGUGACUCCAUACGCUGAUCAGGUGUUUAGAAUCCGUGCUGAACUUCGAAAAAAGAGGUUAUCCGAUGUUAAUGUGGAAAGGGUGCUCAAUGUUCAAGGAAAGCAGUUCAGAGUUUUGUUUCUUAGCACAGUACGUACAAGACAUACUUGUAAACAUAAACAGACACCAAUUAAAAAGAAAGAGCAACUUCUGGAAGAUUCCACAGAGGACUUAGAUUAUGGUUUUUUGUCUAACUACAAGCUUCUCAAUACUGCCAUCACGAGAGCACAGUCCCUGGUUGCUGUGGUGGGUGAUCCCAUUGCUCUGUGCUCUAUUGGAAGAUGCAGGAAAUUCUGGGAGCGUUUCAUUGCGCUGUGCCAUGAAAACAACAGCCUGCAUGGGAUCACUUCGGAGCAGAUCAAGGCUCAGCUGGAGGCUCUAGAGCUGAAGAAGACGUAUGUGUUGAACCCGCUGGCCCCUGAGUUUGUCCCCCGGGCUCUCCGACUGCAGCAUUCAGGCAGCAUCAGCAAACAGCCGCCGUCACCACCCAAGGGGAAAAGCCUCCAUCAUACCCAGAAUGAUCAUUUCCAGAGUGAUGGGAUUGUUCAGCCCAAUCCUUCCGUACUUAUUGGCAAUCCUAUUAGAGCAUUUACUCCUCCACCCCCUCUUGGACCUCACCCAAAUUUGGGAAAAUCUCCAAGCCCCGUUCAAAGAAUAGAUCCUCACACUGGGACGAGUAUUCUUUAUGUACCUGCUGUCUAUGGAGGGAAUGUAGUUAUGUCGGUGCCUUUACCUGUACCAUGGACAGGAUACCAGGGUAGGUUUGCAGUUGAUCCUCGAAUUAUUACCCAUCAGGCAGCAAUGGCCUACAAUAUGAACCUACUACAGACACACGGACGGGGCUCUCCUAUACCUUAUGGCCUUGGACAUCACCCUCCUGUCAGCAUAGGGCAGCCACAAAGUCAGCAUCCAGAGAAGGAUCAGCACGAGCAGAAUCGAAACGGUAAGAGUGAUACAAACAAUCCUGGACCUGAAAUUAAUAAGAUUCGAACACCAGAGAAAAAGCCUACAGAGCCAAAGCAGGUUGAUUUGGAAUCAAAUCCACAGAACAGAAGUCCAGAAUCGCGUCCUGGUGUUAUCUAUCCCAAUACCAAAUUUCCUCGCAAAGAUAAUCUCAACCCCAGACACAUAAAUCUUCCUCUUCCCACUCCCCAUGCACAGUAUGCAAUCCCUAAUCGCCACUUUCAUCCCCUUCCCCAGCUACCGAGACCCCCGUUCCCAAUUCCGCAGCAGCACACCUUGUUAAAUCAGCAGCAGGGUAGUUUGCCUGAGCAGCCAAAUCCGAUGCCACCCCAGCCCAACCAGCUUGCCCAGCAGCAGAGUCCGCUGGACCAGCAGAGCCCGCAGCCAGCUCCUCCGCUCUCCCCCGCGUAUCAGGCGGGGCCCAGCCCUGCUUUCUUCAGUGCUGCCGCUGCGCAGCGACCCCCGUCGCCUCCCGCCGAGGCUGUGCUGCCCGAGCAGCAGCCCCCUCCCCUGCUGCACGGAGGCCACAGCCCUCUCAGAGCCAUUGCCCAGCCUGGCCCCAUGCUUCCUCCGCACCUGAAUAACUUCCUUGAGGAGAACCCUCCAGGACUUCCUUUAGGGGAGGCUUUAGAUCGCAUCCAUGGGAGCGUAGCUCUGGAGACGCUGAGGCAGCAGCAAGCACGGUUACAGCAGUGGAACGAGCACCACGCCUUCCUGAGUCAGGGCAGCAUGGCGUACCCACACCAUCACCAUCCUCACCUCCAGCACCUCCCUCAGCCGUCCAUCGGAUUACAUCAGCCGCCCGUGAGGCCAGACUGGAAGGGUCCCGGCGGUGCCGAAGAAGCAGCAGAGACCACGUACACCAGGUUUCAAGACUUACUCAGAGAGCUGUCCCAUCGUGAGCAGAGUGAGACACGGGAACUAGCUGAAAUGCCCCCACCUCAGUCGAGACUUCUGCAAUACAGACAAGUCCAGACCAGAAGCCCACCAGCAGCCCCCUCUCCCCCAUCCAGUACAGACCACAGUGGCCACUUUUCUAACUUUAAUGACAACAGCAGAGACCUUGAAGUAGCCAACAGCCCAGCAUUUCCGCAGCGCCUCCCACCCCAGAUGUUCAGCUCGCCUUUCUCCCUGCCUUCAGAACACAUGGCCCCUCCCCCCUUGAAGUACCUAGCACCUGAUGGAGCAUGGACUUUUGCUAACUUGCAACAGAAUCACCUAAUAGGGCCGAGCUUUCCCUAUGGCCUACCUCCGUUGCCUCACCGGCCACCACAAAACCCUUUUGUACAAAUCCAGAAUCAUCAGCAUGCUAUCGGUCAGGAGCCUUUUCACCCAUUGUCAUCUCGAACAGUAUCUUCUUCUUCGCUCCCUAGCUUAGAAGAGUAUGAGCCCAGAGGCCCCGGUCGGCCCUUGUACCAAAGAAGAAUCUCAUCUAGCUCAGUCCAGCCUUGUUCUGAAGAAGGAAGCGCCCCCCGGGACAGUCUGGCUCCGUGCAGAGAGCUCCAGGACCAUGCUAACCCAGCUUCUCUCAACUUCUCUUCCCCGGAGUCCUGGGUCAACGCCACCUCAUCUGCCCCCUACCAGAACAUUCCGUGCAAUGGAUCCAGCAGGACAACCCAGCCCAGAGAGUUGAUAGCUCCGCCCAAGCCCGCCAAGCCCCCCGAGGAGCCAGCCGAGCCCGAGAGCCUCGAGGUGUCCAGCCCCUUCAACUACAGCGUGCUGCAGCACCUCGGCCAGUUCCCGCCGCUGCUGCCGCACAAGCAGGUGGCCGAGGCGGCGGGCGGCGGCCCGCAGAGCGCGGCGGCCAGCAAGCCGGCCAUGUCCUACGCCAGUGCCCUGCGCGCCCCGCCCAAGCCGCGGCCGCCGCCCGAGCAGGCCAAGAAGAGCAGCGACCCGCUGUCCCUGUUCCAGGAACUGAGCCUGGGCAGCGCGUCGGGCGGCAACGGCUUCUACUCCUACUUUAAAUAGGCGCUGGUUUCUUGCCGGGAGGGCUUGCGUUUGUACCGGUAGAGGUAAGGUAGUGGGACUCCCCGUAGACGCACCGUUCCCUUUGUUUUACUACCCGACAUGUCCUCACUUAAUUGCUUUGCUGCUAGACUUGCAACUAAUUUUUUAAAAGUAUAUUCCAUUAUUUUGCAUUUUUUGAUGUGAGUCAGAAUUUUGACAGCUUUUAUGUAGAAUAAAAAAUAUUUUUAAAUUUGUGUAUGGUUACAUAUGUUUGCAUCAAGCUAGCAGCUAAGAGGUUAAUUGUGCAACUAUUAAAAAAAAAGAAAAAAAGUUUGUCUAAAAUGUAUUUAAAAAGAAAAAAAAUUGUAAGUAGCAUUUACAUUUAUUCAAUAAUAUUACCACAUGCUGGGUUUCUGUACCAGAAAUGGCCAGUUGAUGUACAAAUGUAUGUUAUUUUUGCUUAAAUUCAUUUAAAAUUUUUUAAAAUAAAGGGGCAGCAUCUUCUAAAUACUUUUAAGUUUUAUCAGCUUUUUUUUUUUUUUUUUUUUGUGACAGGAUGCUGCACUCUAAGACUUUGACGGUUUUAGACUGUGUGCGCGUACUGUCGUAGCCUCCACCCACCGCAGGAUAGAGUCCAAGGCAUUCUUUGCAGGUGUAUUUCACAUGCCACUGAUUUUUUGAGACACACACGCAAAAAAACAGUGGCAUCCUUAGUUAUUUUUUGGACAAGCUGUACUUCAAGCUUGUUUUUAAUGUUAAUUUGAUAGUGUGUUUUUUUUUUUAAACAAAUCAUGAAGCUGAAAAAUUUUUAGGAUUGUUGGUGCUUAGUAGACUUGAUAACUAUUUUAAAAAAAAAUGCGUGAAUUUAGUAAAAUCCUCUUUGUUUUUCCUCACUAUGCAUGUGUAAAUGUGUGUAACCCGGCUUUCCUUCCUCCUCCACUGGUAUCAAAAAUUGUGCCGCUUUAAGGUUUGGGGUUUUUUUUUUUUUUCUUCCUCCAGUAAAAAAUUUUGGUACCUUAUUUGAUGUUUACAUUAAAAUGUGACAUUAUACAUGGCAAUUCAAAUAUUUUGCUAGCUGUUUUGUUUGAGGAACAUCAUUAAAGAAGAAAUGCAGUGUUUGUCAAAAAUAUAUCAAAAUUCAUUGAAAUCUGGGGCAAAAAAGCUACCCUUGUUUCUCAAGUCUUCGAUUCUUCUUAAAAUACCAUUAUUGAACUUGUACUAAAAUAUAAAAUUGAAAUAGCUAUCUUAAAUAUUCUGCAGCCUCAAAAUUGUUUUGAGUGAACUUUGGGAAAAUCCAGAGGAAAAUGUUUACCUCGUACAUCGCGUGAUCUUGACACACGUGAAACGGUGCGUGUCCCUGCCACUUUCCUGGCCCGUUAGUACUGCUUUUGUGUUUCAGAGAGCUGGAAACCCCCUCUCAUCUUCCCUUCUUUUGGGGAAGUUGAGGCUGGGCAACACUUGAAGAAGCCAGCCUUCCUCAUGGUCCACGCAAACACUGAGAUUUGGAAGGCUGCCUUUUGGUAGGCCCUCCUCCACUCAGAGCCCAGUGUUCAGACCACGUGGAAAGUGGCAGGGGCAGAGGAACAGCUCCCGUUCCUCCUGCGACUGGAGCCCAGUUCCCGUGGGCCAGCCGCAGCCCCUCCGGCGUUUCGGGACACGAGAUCUGUGUGUGUCUGGAGAACCCCAGGUAGCUGUGAGAGAUGUUGCUCUGCCUAACUGUAGUCAGAAGAAAAACAUCUGCCCUAGGCCUGUGUGUUUCCAGGUCCAUGACAAAACCCCAGGCGUGGGUCUCCUGAUGGUGGGACGUCUACAAUAAGUAACUGAUCCCCUCCCACCUCCAGAUACGAAGGUAAUUCACAAAGGUUAGUGGAAAAAUGGCAUCAAACAAUAAGUUCAUUUUGAUGCACCAAAAUUUUGAAAUCCCUGGAUGGUGCUUUUUCAUAGUGCACAUUGUCCAUGAACUUGAUGAAGACUCCUCACUUACAGAACUGCAACACAAGCUAAAGGAACGUUCAGAAGCUUCUCGUACUCUGAAGACAAGAAUCAUAUGGCCAAGAGCGGUCAGGCAAACCCGUGCUGUAGGUUGUGACUGAACUUUCUGUUUCCCAUACUUGAGCCUUUAAAAACAAAAUCAGGUUUUCAGUUACAUGUAUCUAGGCAGGGAGUACCUUGUAUAAAUACCCUGAUGGAAGGUGGCCGUUUUAGAUAAGGAAGGUGUCAGGGCGGCAGGACAGCCUCAUUCUCAGCCCGUGUUUUUGCAACACUAGAUAGUAAUAGCUCCUUACUGGUCCCUGCUCCGCUCUGCUCGGCUCUGAGCUUCUCAUCUGUUGUUUCCGUAGCCAGUCAAGGAGUCCAUCGUUGUUUCUGUCUGUUACUCUUUCUGGAUUCUGGAUUUCUCAGCAUUUCCUGGUGCCAUUCUUCUAGAGCCGUGCUUUUAGGAAUCGGAUACAGAGUCACGGUAUCCCGCAGUGGUUUUGAGCAAGUCCCUGCUGUGUAGGAAGCCUCCAUUGGAAUGCAACAUGGCUUCUGGGUACUUUAUGCUCUUUGGGUAUUAUGUGGGUAGUAUUGGCAAGAACCCAUACAUCAAACUUAACAAAACGUACCUUAUUUCACAUUUUAUAUAAUGGGUUCAACCUUAGAGCUCAGAUAGGAUUCUUCUAUAUAUAUUUCUAAAGAAAAAUUGAUGAUAAUUCUCAAAUAAUACCAAUUAUUACCAACUUCCUUUUCUUCCAGAAGAGAUUUCUUCUAAGUGAGGUUAAUUGCUCCCUUGAUGUCUUUCUGCGUCUUUGUUCUUUAUAGCACUCUGAAGUUUCCUUAAUUUUUUUGCAAGAACUUUUUUGUUCAUUUCACUUUUUAAUUUCAGUGCUACUUUUUUUUUUAACCUUAAAGACAUUCUUUUGAGUUUGUAGAGUAUUCAUGCUAAGUUGUUAUUUUUUUCUAAUCUAAAAAUGCUAAGAUUUGAAGAACUUCGUUCAGUAUAAUAUGGAAAUCUUCUGGUGUGGUUUUCUUUUUCUGUUCUUUUAUUUGAUAGGCAGGCAGAGAGAAAGAGAGAUCUCCCAUGUACUGGCUCACUUCUGAAAUGCCCACAAAUGGCCAGGGUUGGGCCAGGGUGAAGCCAGGAGACAGGAACGCAAUCCCAGUCUUUGUGGUGGGUGGCGGGAACCCAGUGAUCUGAGCCAUCACUUGCUUCCCACAGUCUGCCCUGCAAGAAACUGGAAUCUGAGCCAGAGCCAGGCCCCGGACCCAGGCCCUCCAGUGUGGGGUGCGGGCUCCUUCAGCACCAGGCUGACCACCUGCUCCUGCCAUGCUUUUAAAGGGGGUUUUGGUUGCCGUUUUGGCAUAUACUUUCCACAUUGUUGUAGCAGAGCUUUGUUCUUGGGUCAUCAAUAGUUAGUUAUUGGCCAUGUAAGCUAACAUGACCUUAAUUUUCCUUUCCUCGCACAGAGGUCAUUUUGCUAAAUCUAGUAACAAAGUGCUUAGUGUGACUUUGUUAGAAUCAGAGAAUCUCGAGUCGGUUCAGGUCUGGCGUCAACAUCGCCUGGUCUUUUCAGGUGGAAGAACAGCAGAACAAGAAAGGAGGUAGAACUCCUUCUGAAGAGAGGCUUCCUAAUUAAACACAGCGAUCUCCCAGACCUGUCGCGAAAAUCGUUCCCUUUGGUUGGAGGCAUUGAAGUGGCUGAGAAAGCCAACUGCAUCGGAGGAACUUUGAGGUUAUUAAUAGAGUCUUAUGUUUCCCUAGUGUAGCAGCUUUUGUUUUAUAUUUCUUAUCUUGAAGGGAAAGCUAUCAACAUCAAAGAAUGCAUCUCUCACCGCCGCUGUGGCUAGAGAAAGCCACCUUGGCUAAGAGUCAGGUGUGAAAAACAGCUUCAGGGUAAACUUUAGUAUUCCAGCUAUUGUCACUGAGAACAUUAGGUUUAUGGAGACAGGUGUUGAAAAAGAGACAGCGUUUACAGCAUGCCUCGUCAUGGACUCUUCUUUAAGAGGACUAUAAAAAUACAAGGUUAGAACUUUAAAUACAUUGAGAGACCCACAUUGCUGCUAUGAAACGUUACUGCGGCCAGCCAGCCUUUGUCCCCACAGCUCCUCAAAGGUAGUCCUUUGUCCUUUGUGUUGCCCAGGUGUUGUUUCUCACUAACGGUUCCCACCACCACCCUGUGCGUUCUCCCAGUGGGCAGGGUCAGAGUCUUCAGGCCCCUGCUCUGUCUCUGCUCUGCCCCCCGAGCUGCAUUCAGACUACCUAGCGAUCAGAAACAAUGGGCGAUGUUCUCGCCAUGAUCUCUUGUUCCAAGUGCCACCUGGGCGUGCCCGUCACGUAUCAUAGAGACGUCAUUUGGAAGGACUGGGUGCACGCUAGUGUCCAGUGUGCCUGUUGCUGUAGGCCUCUCACACUCGUGUCUGCGUGAGGGUGGGCGCUCCUUUGCUGAAACUCCACAGGGAAGCUGCUGCCUUCCCUCCUGCCACCCUCAGCCCUGUGACACUAGGGUUUUAUGGCCGCAGUGGCAAGGUCUUAUGUUUUACACUUUUAUAAGAACACACUCAGAAAAUGGCGUUAUGUUAUCACUUUCCAGUAGACUAUCAUUAAGCAGCUCCAAAAGCUGUUUUGACGUAACAUUGAACAUUUUUGAGCCCACCCAAAAUACCUACUUUGGAAUGAACUUUAAGGAUAUAAUCACCAGGGUCUCUCAGAUGUUUUGAAGAGAGGGACCUGAUAGAAGAAUCUAGACUUAGACAUGUGAACUGUGGUUGAAUCCCAAACCCAGUCGUACAGGGGUAGCCUGAAACUCAAGUGUGGAGAAAACCCAGACAGCGUUUGUGUCCUUAAUAGUUUUAGUAAUCAGAGUAUUAGACCAGACUUUGUUUGCAGUUUCUUCAACACAGAGAUUUUAUUUUGGUACAAAUAUUAAGCAUAAAGCAUAGUAAGUUUUAUAUAAUUCUAUGAGUUCAUUAAACAAUAUUAUGAAAUUUUCAUUAUGUUCUUGGGGAGUCUUUUUAGCUAUUUCUACCUCAUAUAUGAGGUCUGUUCUAUAUUUGAUUUUGCAUUCUAGCAUGUGAUUGCCUGCCUUAGAACUGUGUAUAGGAGGGGAAAUCGAUAUUCCCUUUUAAGAAAUCUGUGAUUUUAUGAAAGGACUUUCGUUUUGUUAGUACCUUUCCCCCCUGAUGUCUGAAACAUAAAGGGGAAAGGGUGGCAAAUUGCAGAAGUGACAAGAGUAGCGUCCCCUUACAGAUGGGCCCUGUUCUAAGAGUUCUGAGUUGAGAGCAGCAUAGAGCAGUGGUUCUCAGAUGUUAGCCAGCGGCAGAAUUACCUCAAGGUCUCCUUAAAGUACCAGUUGCUGGCCUGCAGCCCCCAGAGUUUCUAGCUCUGGGCUGCAGCCGGUCCAUUUGCUUUUCUGGAAAGUUCCCCCUCCACGCCCUCCCUGCUGGUCUGAGAACCACUGGUCUAGAAGCAAGUCUGCAAAUCUUCCUCGUGCGUCAGUUUACUUGGUGUGCAAACCAGGGCUUUGGAGACACUUUGCUAAUCCCGAGGCCAUGCGUGCAAUAUUCCUGGAGGAAGAGCUCAAUGCCUUUGGCCUGACUGCUGGCCCUUCCUGUCCCUCACCACUGCUGGGCUCCGUGCCGCUCUUCCACAUGGGGUGAAAGCAUUCCUAGUGGAGGGGAGUUUGAUUUCUGUGCCCUGCUGCCUGGGCUGUGGGCUGGACGCCGUGUGUGUGUGGCGUGCUCAGGGUCCGUCUCAAUGACCUGUGCACAUGCAGAGGAGCGUGGUGGAGAGAAGCCGUCUGAAUGCCCCAGGCACGUGAGGCUCUCAGCAGGGGAGUCUCUGUCCUAUGCUGGCAGUCACAAGGACCAUCCAAAACAAUAGAAUCCCCGAAGAAGGUAUUGUGCAGCUUUUUGGGGUGUCUUGGGGUGGGGUGAAGGCACAGGAUUUGCUUUUCAAGAGAUGAGUUUCUCAGGUUCACCAAGUUACUUUGAAUUCUGUGCCGUGCCAGCAGGUGUUAGGGAGAGCCUGAAGUGGUGAUGUGGCAGAAAAUGUAAUUGUCUCUAAUUACUUUGCUACCUUUAAAAAGUCUGUAUAUGUUUGCAAAACAAUAUAGGGGAGUCUACUGCCUACCCAGCAUGAAUUAUUCAUAAAUUAUAGGUGCACAUGUAUGAACAAAUUAUUUUUGAGAAAGAAACUGCCUAAAAUCUGAUAAAUCUGACAGGUCUUUGGCUACUUUUAAAUGUGUGUGUUGUCUUUGUUGUCCUAAUAUUCACCCCAGACUGUGGGGAGUAUUGGGCUCUGCUUCUGGUUUUAGGUUGGCUUGGAAUUUACUGAGAUACUAGGAAAAUGGCCUUUGGUUUGUAAGGUGUUAGAACUGGAAUGGCUUGGGUGCCGCGACAUGCCUGCUGCAGUCAUCAAGCGUUGGGCCUUGGGGUUCCUGAAGCACAGGACGUCCCCCUGAGAAGGCGGGAGACCCUUCCUGAGCGCCGUCGGCGUGCUCAGCGCAGCCCCCGCUGCUGGGGGCUUUGAGUCACUGACACUUUUUUUGCAAAGACCUUUUUGUGUCUCCUUGUGGGUCAGAGGGCUCUGCUGUUCAGGUUGAGGUCCCAGAGUGACAGCUGCGAGUGUUGCUCAGCAUUCCCGCCCCUUCCUGCCCCACCCAGUCCAGAGGGAAGGUCCUGGAUUUUCGUAUACCCAGAGCACGCCUGCUCCUGUAAUGCGUUUAUGUGACAUUCUGGACAUCAUGUACUGUAUCCAAGUUUCUGUGCCAGUCAUCAGAUUUCUUUGAAACCCAUGAAGGUACUGGUUAUGCGUGAUAGUUGUGUCCUAGGUAAAUACGGCAAUGAGAACACUUCUCUGCAUGCUGGAGGUCGUGAGUGCUGCAUUGUAUGAAAGGGCCCUGUUGCUAGCGACCAGGGUUCUUUCUGAAAUGCUUCCGAGAUGCCACUGUUAACAGUUCUUUAACUCCUCAGCUAAUCGCAUGGGAUGAGUGACUUAGCAAAUGCAUCCUGGGGCUUCCUUGGGAAGUCUUUCCUAAGGGAAGCCGUGGAAAGUGGAGUGGUCAGUGCCCAUCUCUUCGGAGUACCAGCUGCAUAGCUGUCUAAGUUAGCAUAAUUUAUGGCAGAAUUAUAACUUUUUUUCUUUGCAGUGAAUGAUACCUCAUCUGAGAGGCUCUAAUACCUAAAAGAGUUUAUUGUUAAAAGUGAAAAUGACUUUGUACCGUUAAAUAACCCCAAAGCUACUCUCUAGGGUGUUGAUUUUCCUCCUUUCUCUGUCAUGCUCUUUCCUAACUUAGUUUUGGGAUUACUUUAGCUCCUUGGUUCCUUAGAGCAAGUUUUCAGUUUGGGGGUCUACAGUUCCUACAGUGUGGCCAUUGUCUCAGUGAAGUUCUUUUGUUCUAAAAGACUCAUGGUAACACAAGAUGUAUUUUACUGCUACAACUAAAAUGUAUUUAUAAUAAAAUGCCUUUUUAAUAAUUUG